AUGAAGUACUCUACAGCCAUUAUUCCUGUCUUCGCUGUCGCCUCUCUUGCGGCCUCUAUUGAGACUCGACAGAACAAGAAACUACCUUGGACGCAACCAGUAAACCUUCUCGAUCAAUGCGGAUUUAUGGCACCGAUUACCGAAUAUUGGUGCGGUACAGAAAAAUUCUGCAACAUGAUCAAUAACCCAAUUAUGCAAGCAUGCGAGAACCCUCAAGGCUGGAAGUCGCCUAAAGAGUGCUUAGACGCCCAUGAAGCGAAGCCUUCCAAGGAGAAGUGCAACAACCUACGCAAGGACGCAUUUGAUAAGUGCCGAGAGAAGUCCGAAUUCCGAGAGUGCGAAACCAAAGGUAACGGUGUAUUUAAAGGGUGCAUGGGUUAUCAAAAAGAGAAGUCGGCAACGGAGAUAGAUGCAGAAUUGCGUGCUAAAGGCUGUGAAGUAUAG